AUGAGCGCUUAACAGCUAGACGAUUGAGCCGGCAUCCCUUCUGGUAUGAAUUAACAUAUGCUCACUAGUGACUGGCUUCAAUAGGUAUUUCUUGGAGUUCUAGUGAGGAGCAGUGGACAGUGGAUUCGAACCAGGUCUGUUGUGAGAUAGUAACUCAAUGAACACAAUGAUGGAUGUAUCGUUCAAUAAUAGAUUAGUUAAAAUAAUCUAUUCACUUCAUUAACACAACAUGUAUAAUAACAUUUAUAUCCGAUCUAAAUUCUAACUAUUAAUCAUUUAUAAUAAUUAAUAAAUAAAUAUAAAUAGAAUUUACUUAGGAAAAACCCUUUUUCAUUUUAACAAUAUUAAAUCACUGUAUGACCUUGAAAUUAGUCUGAUAUCAUUGUACCAUUUCUUUACUCAAUAAAUAUAAUAAUAAUAAUAAUAAUCUAUCUAUUCUAAUGAAAAUACAACAUUGAAACUAAAUAUACAAAAAAAAUUAUUAAAAAAAAAUUUAAAAAAAAACAAGGAACCAAUUAAAAUUUGAGUAGAAUUGAAUUAACCAAUUAGAAAAAAGAACAAAAAGGUAAUAGGUAAAAUUAGUUUAUAAACAGAAUAAAAAUACAGUAGUACAUUUACAUAUGUGUAUUUUAUAUAUUUAAAAAGAAUUUAGUUAAGUAACAUAAUACUGAAUUCUAUGGAUAUAUCUAUACAAAUUAUGAAAUGAUCUAUUCACUUAUAAAAAUACAAAGUUAUAUCAUCUCAUAAGAAGAAAAGAAGAAAAAAAGGAAAAAGAGAAAAAAAGAAGAUAAAAAAGGAGAAAAAAGAAAAAGAAGAAAAAAACGAACAAAAAAUCAAUUAUCUAAUAAAUUAAAAUAAGAAAUAAAUUUAUUUGAACUAAUAUAAAUUACAAAUGUUACAUAAGUUAUUCUAUAUGAAUCUUAUCUGAUGGCUACAGGAUUUCAAUAUUUAAUUGAAGUAGAUGUGGAUCAUGAAUUAUUAACUACAACUGUAUUACCUUCAGUGAAAUUAAUUUCUAAUUCAUUAAAUAAAAAUUUUGAAAAUAUAAAUAAAAAACAAAAAUUUACCGAAUUUAAUAAUAAUAAUAAUAAUGAUCGUCAUGGAUUAGGUGUAAUUUAUGCAUUAAAUCGUCAAUCAUUUUCAUGUUAUUUAUUUUUUUUUGGUACAAAAAUGAAAAAACAAAUUACACCAUCACCAAGACAAAGUUUAAAAACAUCUCAUGGUGAAAAAGUUAAUACAAAUGUGAAAGGUCUCGAACCACAUGGAAAUACUGUUGGUAAUCCUGCACGGUUCACUAUUGAUACAUUCAGUGCUGGUCGGGGUGCUGUUGAAGUGAUUGUGCUGAAUCCUAAAGGACAAAGAGAACCAUGCGAUGUACUCAGUAAUAAUGAUAAACAACAAACUUAUUCUUGUGCUUAUGUUCCAACACAAGAAGGUGAAUACAGAGUUAUCAUUAAAUUUGCCACUAAAGAAAUUUUAAAUUCACCAUUUAAAGUUAUGGUAGAAGGGGCACAAGGUGAUGGAAGUAAAGCAACUGCAUCUGGUCCAGGAAUUGAACCAACUGGGAAUCAAGUUGGUCGACGUACAUUCUUCAAUAUAUUCACUGCAGUUGGUCCUAAUCAUGAUUCUGCUGGACCUGGGAAUGCGGAUUGUGUAAUUCUAGAUCCUCAUGGUCGACGUGAUGCUAUUAAACCUUUAAUAACUCGUCAAGGCGAAGAUAAUUAUCUUGUAGAAUAUACACCAAAAGAUGAAGGCCUUCAUUCAGUUAAUGUAUUUUAUGCUGGUCAACAAAUAUCAAAUUCACCAUUUGGUGUGAUGGUUGGUCCACCUUGUGAUCCAAAACAAGCUUAUGCCACAGGUCGAGGAAUUCAACCUCAAGGUAUACGAGUCAAAGAUUUAGCUGAUUUCAAAGUACAUACAGAAGAUGCUGGUGAAGGUCCACUAGAAGUGUCUGUAAUUGCUCCAGACGGUAGAGGAAUUCCUUGCACAAGUCGAAAAACUGGUGCCUAUUUGUUUGAUUGUAGUUAUACACCUCAAAGACCAGGUACACAUCAAGUUAACGUUCGAUAUGGUGGAGAUCAUAUUAUGCUAAGUCCAUUUACGGUGGAAGUUGCUCCUUACAAAGAAUCGCGUAUAAGAGCAUUUGGUCCAGGUCUCGUUGGUGGUGUUGUUAAUAGACCAGCUGUUUUUGUUGUGGAAACAAAUGGUGAAACUGGCGCUUUAGGUUUUUCAAUUGAAGGUCCAAGUGAAGCAAGAAUUGAUUGUACAGAUAAUGGAGAUGGAUCAGCUACUGUAGCUUAUUGGCCAACAGCUCCUGGUGAAUAUGCAGUUCAUAUUUUAUGUAAUGAUGAAAAUAUACCAAAAUCUCCUUUCAUGGUUCCAAUUGAACCAGAUAUGGGUAAAUGUGAUUAUGAAAGAGUUAAAGCAUAUGGACCAGGUAUAAUGCCAACUGGGAAUGUUGCUGGUCAACCAACUGAAUUUACAGUAGAUAUUAGAGAUUCUGGUGGUCCUGCCCCAUUAACAGUUGAAUGCAGAGACAAUGAAGGGGAACCAGUUGCAUUGAAAGUUCGUGAUAAUGGCGAUGGUACUUAUACAUGUAGCUAUACACCUAAAGUUCCUAAAAAACACACAGUUCUUGUUUCCUACGGUGGAGUCAAUAUACCUAGAAGUCCUUUCAGGGUUGAAGUAGCUGAACCUAGUAAUCCAGGAAAAGUACGAGUUUUUGGUCCAGGUGUAGAAAAUGUUACUAGAGGUCAACCAACCUAUUUCACAGUAGACUGUAAACAGGCUGGACAUGGUAAUGUUGGAAUUAGUGUCACCGAUGAAGCUGGACGUGAUGUUGCUAUGGAUACACAGGAUAUGAGAGAUGGAACAUUUAAAGUUGCUUAUACAGCUAAUACACCGGGGCCUUAUUAUACUGUACAAGUAUUUUUCAAUAAUCAAGAAGUUCCACGUAGUCCAUUUAAAGUACCUGUUAAACCGAAUAUCGAUAUGUCGAAAAUUCAUGUUGAAAAUCUUGAACCAAAUAUCACUACUGGUGUACCAACUGAGUUUGAUGUAAUAACUGCGGGUGCAGGCCCACCAAAUAAUAGUAAACCUAAACCAACUGUGACAGUGAAAUCUCCGAACGGUAUGCGUGUGCCAUGCACUUUGGCUGAAAGCGUUGAUGGAUAUACACCUUCCUUUACACCAACUGUUGUUGGGCCUCAUACUGUUGCUGUUGAAGUUGGAGGUGUACCAGUCAAAGGUAGUCCAUUCCGUACAAAUGCCAUUCCACCUGCUGCAGUGCAGGAGCCUAUCUAUCCAAAAGAUUUCGGACGUCAGCAGGCUACUUCAGCACCUAUUUCUGGACCUGAAGCAGCAGCUUUGGUUCGCGCAUAUGGUGACGGACUUUAUCGUGCAACAGCUGGAAAGCAGGCGAAAUUCACAAUCGAUAGUCAAGAUGCUCCACCUGCUCCACUAAGUGUCACAAUUGAAGGACCUGCAGAGGCUAAAAUAAAUUAUAACGAUAAUGGAGAUGGAACUUGUGGCGUAGAUUAUUUACCAACUGAACCAGGACCAUAUGUUGUAAAUGUUUUAUACAAAGAUACACAUAUUAAAGGAAGUCCAUUCCCUGUAAGAGUAGCUCCACCUGGAAGAGAACAUAUUGAUAUAUCCCGAGUUCAUGCCUACGGUCCUGGAUUACAACCAACUGGUGUUUUCAAAGAAUCAUUUGCUAAAUUCACAGUUGAUGCUAAAGCGGUUGAUCCACAAAGUAGAGGAAUAGUUAAAGCUAUUGUAGUUAGUCCGAAUAAACAAAGAACAGCAUGUUUAAUACAAAAUAAUGGUGAUGGAACAUAUAAAUGCAGUUAUUCACCAAUAGAUGAUGGCUUACAUCACGUUGAGGUUACCUAUGAUGGAGCACCGGUACCUGGUAGUCCCUUCCCAGUAAAUGUUGCUCCUGGAUGUGAUCCAACAAGAGUAAGAGCUUACGGUCCAGGUUUAGAAGGAGGCUUCACUCAUGAGCCACAAAGAUUUACGGUUGACUUAGAUGGUGCGGGUCAAGGUGCUCUUGGAUUAGCUUUAGAAGGACCAGCUGAUGCUCAAAUACAAUGUCAAGAUAAUAAAGAUGGAACAUGUACAGUGGACUACUUACCAACACGGGCAGGAACAUAUGAUAUCUUCGUUAAGUUUAACGACAUGAAUAUUCCAGGUAGUCCAUUUCAAGUUCCCAUACGAGAUGUGGUUGACCCAACUCGUGUUCGUUGUUAUGGUCCAGGUCUAGAGCCUAGAGGAGCACGAGCGCAACAACCAGCUCACUUUACUGUCGAUGCUUCACAGGCAGGAGAUGCUCCUAUUCAAGUUGUGACAGUUGAUCGUGUUGGAAGAACAGCACCAGCCCAUAUUGUCCCACGAUCAAAUCAACCAGGUGUCUACGAUGUGACAUAUGUUCCAGAUACCGAUGGUCCAUGUCAAAUUGAAGUUAAACAAGCAGGAAAUCAUGUAGCUCGAUCACCAUUCACGCAACAUGUUUUACCAGCUUUUGAACCACAACGUGUGCGUGUAACAGGUGAAGGUGUUCAUCCAACUCGUCCAUUAGGACUUCCAGCUACACAACCGACUUCUUUCCAAGUAGAUACAAGAGAUGCAGGUCUUGGAGAUCUAGAAUUAUCAGUUAUGGAUCCUGAUGGUCAACCAUUGCAAUUAGAAGUAGUAGAUGUUGGAGAUGGAACAUAUAUAUGUCAUUAUACACCAAUGAUUGUUGGACGUCAUACUGUACGAGUGAAAUACGGUGGACAAGAAAUUCCUGAAAGUCCAUUCCUAGUACCAGUUGCACCGUCUGGACGAGCUAAUAUGUGUCGUAUAGAAAAUGGAAAUGAUAGCCGAAUACCUGUUGGUCAAGAAUGUGUUAUCAGUGUGAAUACAGCACAAGCUGGUGUUGGACAAUUAACUUGUCGUAUUGUUACACCGUCUGGAGCAACAGCCGAUGUUGAAAUUCAUGAAGCACCAAACGGUCGAGUUAAUAUUUACUAUACACCACCAAUUCGUGGUGAUUAUUUAGUUGAAAUAAGAUUUGGCGGUGAACUUAUACCAAAUGGAAGAUUUAACCAAAAAGCUGUCAGCCCAGAGGAACUAAUGAAUGAUGUAACUGAUCAAAGAGUACAGCAUGUAACUGUACAAUCUGUACAGUCUGUUCAGUCUUCAACAAUUACAACAGGAUAUCAUCCAGUCGAUUUCAAACUACCCGUUGGCCCAACAUUUAGUCAUGUAGAAGGUUUGGUUCGUACUCCAAGUGGUCGAAUUUUACAUCCAACUUUACUGGAUAAUGGUGAUGGAACAGUUACAGCACAAUUUCAACCAAAUGAACCUGGACUGCAUGAAUUAGAAAUAACUUAUAAUGGUCAACCAAUACCAGGUAGUCCUUUCAGAUUCUAUGUUGAAGCUGUUGGGUCUGGAAUUGUUACAGCUUAUGGACCAGGAUUAUCUUGUGGUCGUGCUGGAGAACCAGCAAAUUUCACUUUAAUUACACGCGAUGCUGGAGCAGGCGGACUGUCACUUUCCGUUGAAGGACCAUCUAAAGCCGAUAUUCAAUGUGAUGAUAAUAAAAAUGGUACUUGUAGUGUAAGCUAUUUACCACUAGUACCUGGUGAGUAUACAAUAUCGAUUAAAUUCAUGGAGAAUCAUAUACCUGGUUCACCAUUCACAGCACAUAUAACAGGUGAAUCACGCAGAUUCAAUCAAGUUUGUGUUGGUACUACUAGUGAAAUGCCAUUGCGUAUUACAGAAACAGAUAUUUAUAAUCUUGUUGCAACCGUUCGUAGCCCAUCUGGACUUGAACAACCAUCAACGUUAAAAAGACUACCAAACGGACAUCUAGGUAUUUCAUUUACACCUCAUGAAAUUGGUGAACAUUUUGUCAAUGUAUUCCGUAAUGGUCGACAUAUUGCUAAUAGUCCAUUUAAAAUUUAUGUCGGUGAAAAUGAAAUUGGUAAUGCAUCUAAAGUUCGUAUUUAUGGUAAUGGAUUAAGAGAAGGUAUGGCAAAUCAAAAUUGUCAAUUCACUGUUGAUACAAGAAAUGCUGGUUACGGUGGCUUGAAUCUAUCAAUUGAAGGACCAAGUAAAGCAGAUAUUGAAUGCCAUGAUAAUCAAGAUGGUACAUGUUUGGUUACAUAUCGUCCAACUGAACCUGGAACAUAUAUCAUUAAUGUUAAAUACGCUGAACAACCAGUACCAGGCAGUCCUUUCGUAGUUCAUAUUGGUGGUGAACCAUCACUUAGAAUGAUGGAAAGAAUUACACGACAAAGAGAACUUGCUGAUGCAACAUAUGUAGGCAGUCAAUGUGAAUUGAAUUUGAAAAUUCCAGGAAUAAAUAUUCGUGAUUUAACAGCUAAUGUAACUAGUCCAUCAGGAGUAAGUCAACGAUGUGAUGUCUUAGCUAUGGAUGAUGUGAAUUACACCAUUAAAUUUGUACCACAAGAAAUGGGUGUACAUACUGUUUCAGUACGUCAUCGAGGAUCUCAUAUUUCUGGAAGUCCAUUUCAGUUUACUGUUGGUCCUAUUACAGAAGGUGGAGCGCAUAAAGUACAUGCUACCGGUCAAGGAUUACAAAAUGGUUUAACUUAUUCAUUAAAUGAUUUUAGUAUUUAUACUCGUGAAGCCGGUGCAGGUGGUUUAUCAAUUGCUAUUGAAGGACCAAGUAAAGCCGAAAUCAAUUUCGAAGAUAGAAAAGAUGGUUCAUGUGGAGUUUCUUAUCGUGUAACUGAACCAGGUGAAUAUUUAUGCUCAAUUCGCUUCAAUGAUGAUCAUAUACCGAAUUCACCAUUUCGUGUUAUCAUAAAUGAAGCGAUGGAACGAACAUUCUAUACACCUGAAACUAAAUUAUUAAAUAUUACAAGUAUUCAAGAUCGUGGUCUGUCGAUUGGGCGUCCAACAGCAUUCACGGUUAAUUACUCGGGAAUGACAGGUAGGAUGAGAGCAUAUGUAGUAGCUCCAUCUGGAAUACAGUCAGAUGCACUUGUACACCAAGUGGAUGUUGAUCAGCACGCAGUACGAUUUACACCUCAUGAAAAUGGAGCACAUUUGGUACAUGUACUAAUGGAUGAACGUCCAGUACCUGGAAGUCCAUUCCGUGUAUUAGUUGGACAAGAAGAAACUGGUCAUGUUACGGCUAGUGGGGAAGGUUUGACUCAUGGACGUGUUGGUGAACGUAAUCGAUUUUUCGUAAACACUGUUCAAGCUGGAAGUGGUGCUUUAUCAGUUACUGUGGAUGGUCCUAGUAAAGUUCAAUUAAAUUGUACUGAACGGUCAGAUGGAUAUGAUUUCACAUAUUUGCCAUUAUCGCCUGGUGAAUAUCUUAUCAGUAUUAAAUAUGGUGAUUCACAACAUAUUAUAGGUUCACCAUAUAAAGCGAUUGUUACAGGAGAUGCUGUACAUGAUACAAUCACAACUGAUACAACUCAUGUUGUAGUAGAAACAGGAGGACGUUUAAUUAAUGGACCACAUUCUAAUAUUGGUCCAUCUAGACCAGAUCGUGUUACAUGCUCUGGACCAGGACUUAAACAAGCAUAUCUUAAUGAAACGAAUACAUUUACAGUGAAUGCAUCACAAGCAGGUCAUGAUGUACUAUAUGUUGGAGUAUCUGGACCAGUUGUAGCCUGUGAAGAAGUCAAUAUCAAACAUAUGGGUUAUGGUCAAUAUUCAAUUAGUUAUACUGUACGUGAUCGUGGUCGUCAUUUAAUUAUGAUUAAAUGGGGUGAUCAACAUGUACCAGGAAGUCCAUUUACUGUUGAUGUUAUCUAAUUCAAUGAAAUGCUUUUUUUUUAAAAAAAAGUCAACUGUAUUACAAUUUAUUCAACUAAUUUAGUACCAUUCAUGACAACAUAACAAAUUUGAUAAUAAUUACACGCUUAUAACUGUACUUUGAAUGGAAUAAUCAUAGAUAUUUCUUUGCAUGAAUGUAAUCAUGACAACAAAAUAUUAUUCAAAAAUAUAUUUACAUAUAUGGGGGGGGGCUAAAUUGUUUAAAACAAAAAAAAACAGUAAAACACCUAGUUUACAAAUACCUAUUACAAACACAAUUUGCAUUGCUUUAAUCCUUCAUAAUUUUUUUUUACCCUAGGCUUUUCUAAAAUUUCUUUUCGCAUUUCUUUUUCUUUUCCUUUUUUGACUUUAAGAAUGACUAAAAUAAACAUUAACCAUUGGAAAGUAUUCACUACUAUAGGUGGAUAUAUAUAGAUACACAGUAUUGUUCUUUAUUUCGUUAGUAUUUCCCUUUGCUAAAAAAAUCAAUUGUUUACUACUAUUAUUAUUAUUAUUAUUAUUUAUAUUGUUAAUAAUUAGUUAACUGAACAGAUUUGCAUGUUACACAGAUAUUGCACACAUAAGUGUACUUCUGUAAUGGCUAAUUAAUACUUCUUUCAACUGUUUGCUUGUUUUCUAUUCAAAGAAUUAAAUCAUAUUCACUAACAUUAUUUAUAUUGUAUUCUAUUUCUACUCUCUUUUCGUCUAUAAACAAUAUUAUGUCCAUUUAUUAUUAUUAUUAUUAUUAUUAUUAUUAUUAUUAUUAUUAUUAUAUGUCAUCAAGUUUAAACAAUGUUGUUUGAAUGGAACAAACAAAUAUCAACUAUACAUUGUGUUUUUCCCAUCCUCACCCCCCACCCCAGCACAAAUUGAACACCUUAAUGUCUUAUUUCCCUAAUAAUUAUUAUGGCUUCUUGUUUCUUAGUAAAUUAUUAUUUAAACUACCUAAUUUGACUAAAACCUACCUUUUAAUUUAAGUUAGUUAAUAAUUUUUUCAUUGUUUGCUUUUUUGUUGUUUUAUUGAUCUUGUGAAUUAGAGAUGAUAAUCAACGACAACAGUAAAAAGUACAAUUUAAUUCUUGAUAAUUAUGAAUUUGAAGUAAAAUAUCUAUCUGAUGUCUGAAUAUAAUUUUAAUUACCUU